CCAAACAGGACCCUUCUUUCUCAAAUAAACUCAAUCGCUCUGUUCCACUAUAGCUGACUCCCUCCGCACUGCUGGCCACCACCGUUCCCAGCCUUCGCCGCAAUCGGAGAGAACGCUGUCAGCCACCGGCUGCUGUCCUCGCACUCAGCCCAUUGACACCCUGCAACCCACCGCUCAAUACUCGCAAAACAGCUAGGGUUCACCUUCAUCAACCGCCAUUCAUCGCGCCAGACCACGGAGGAGCGCCGUUACCAAAUUCACGUUGGAGAGAAAGCCUCGCUUUUGCACAUCCUCGGCACAGGAUAUUGAAGGGCGUAGGGCGCAUCGAUAUAUGAAAUGGGAGAUCCUUCAUUUUUUGAUCGAAUGAUCAACCAUCUCUGUGCAACAUCCAAGUUUUAUACUGGUUAUCCAAAGGAUCUCGGACCAUCACGGGUUAUUCAUUUUACAUCAGAACGUGAGUUCGUUCAGCUGCUUCAUGAAGGUCAUCCUGUAGUUGUUGCCUUUACGAUCAGGGGUAAUUACACAAAACACCUUGACAGAGUACUGGAGGAAGCUUCUGCUGAGUUUUAUCCACAUGUUAAAUUUAUGCGUGUCGAGUGUCCAAAAUAUCCUGGGUUCUGCAUAACACGGCAGAGGAAGGAAUAUCCAUUUAUCGAAAUUUUUCAUAGUCCAGAACAGGCUUCUAACCAGGGAAGGGUUGCUGAUCCAAAUGUUACAAAAUACGCUGUGAAGGUUCUACCUUUCACUUAUGACCAGAGUGCCUAUGGAUUUAGAGAAUUCUUCAAGCGCCACGGUAUACAGGCAUCACAGGCAAAAUAAAAUCAGGUUAUAGGAUUUUCUGAGUUGUGGGGAUAUGCCGUCACGUCCCAUUCCAUGGCGAGUCCUCGAAGCAGGGCGUCGGGUCAAACCCAUUUCAGUUUUGAAGUUUGUUUCGGAAUAGGACGUGGUCCACUUGUGAUGAAAACACAUCAACAUGUUCAAACCUAUAGUUGAUUUGUUGGAUGAGAUGUGGUUUGUCUUGUGUACAUAUACGAAUUGUCAGAAAAUGAUGAAGCAACUUUAGCAUCCUAAGAACCAGAUUGUUUUCUGGUCUUAGACGCUGGUGUUAGUCUCUUACCUUCUAAUAUGAAAUAUUUGGUUCUUUUACA